UGUUUAUAUAUAGACGACCACUCCAGAGUGAUUCUCGAGGAUCAGAAGUCGGAACCGGGAUCUGAUUAUAUCAACGCCAACUAUAUUGACGACAGCACAUCCAGAUCAGAAGUCUACAUUGCAGUGCAAGGUCCAAAGAAAAAGACUUUCGAGGCGUUUUGGCUGAUGAUUUGGCAGCAAAAAUGCCAUACUCUAGCUAUGUUGGCUAAUUUAUACGAAAAUGGAAAGAACAAAUGCUACAAAUAUUGGCCUAAUAUGGACGACCCGAUCACCACGGCGACAUUUGUCAUCAACCUGAACUCUGAAAAACAGUACGCCUUCUAUGUAAUAAGGGUUAUUACGCUGAAACAUAGACACGAACGCAAAGAGCGGCAAAUAUACCAGUUUCACUACACAAAAUGGCCUGACCACGACAUACCAGAUGUGUUUGAACUUGUCAUGUUUCACCGACAUUUGCAGCGUUUACGGACCAAAGGGGAUGGACCACUGGUUGUCCAUUGCAGUGCGGGAAUAGGGAGAACAGGAACUUUGAUUGCAUUGGACGCCUUGUUGGAAGCAGGGAAGACGGCAGACGUGAUAGACAUACAUGGAUAUGUAACAAUCAUGAGGAAUAAUCGAAUGAACAUGGUCCAAACUGUGAAUCAGUACAAAGCACUUCAUCUGGCUCUCUUAGAAGGCCUUAAUUUCCCGAACAGCCUUCAAACAAAGACAGAUUUCACUAGCUCCGAGGACAGCAACGUCUAUGAGAUCCCUGCCAACCAAACACAACGCAACAAGGAAUUCCAGACUCUUCAAGAUGUUAAUGCAAUCAGUGAGAAACGUUUGAAAUACGUUUUUGCCAAGUCUACAGAGAACAGGAACAAGAACCGCGACAUGGAUAUUCUACCAGGUGACAAUUAUAGAGUGGUCUUAUACUCAAAGAAUUCUCAGAAGAACUACAUCAACGCAGUUAAACUUCCGAGCUUCCGGCAUCACCUGAGAUAUCUAGUAACGCAAUUCCCUCUGACUCAUACGAUUGUUGACUUCUGGACCAUGGUGACUGAAUAUCGCUCCAGCACUAUCGUCUGUCUGGAGGAUUCUGAAGGUGAAAAGGAAAAUCCGUGGUUGCCCGCAAAAUCCACGGUCAAGUAUGUUGAUGAAUUUGAGAUACGGUCAACGUCGGUCGAACAAUGUGAGGAUAACAUCAAUGCAUCAAUGCUGGAGAUCAAAAACAAGCAAAGUAACACUAAUCAACGUGUAAAGUUGUUCCAAGUCAGUAAUUGGGCAAAAGAUUCGUCCAUUCCAUCAAGUCAGAGGGUCCUGUGUAAACUCCAUUAUCUGGUAGAGGCAUGGAUGAUGUCUCAGGAGGAGGGACCAAUCGUGGUCACGUGUUUGGAUGGAGCAAAACGCUGUGGUCUUUACUGCCUUAUUAGUACAACGUUGGAGAGACUGGACAUGGAGUCGGACAUCGACUUGUAUGCUACCACAAGACAGCUGCAGAUCCGGCGUCCACAAUUAGUUGCUUCUAUGGACCAGUACCAAUAUACAUUGGAUGCUGUGAAAGCCUAUCUUCACACUGUGGGCAACAGCUACUACGAAGAGUGCCAACACGAAGAGGCAGUUUAUCAGAACAAUCCAUGAUGUAAAGGGUCUCGGUAUUGUGUCUCCGGAAACCACCGACACAUUUCUGUGUUUAAAGCUUCUUACUAAUACAUCGAUAACUGCAAGUUGAUGAUGAUCAUAAUUAUAAUGUGAUUCUGGGCAUUUUCUCUCACUUUUGGUGAAGACAGUUUGAUUUCACUUUUUGUUCAGAACAUUUAUGCACUUGCCUAGAUAAAUUACUUUGAGGAUACAUUUUAAUUACCAUGUAUUAAUGGAGGUACGGUAGUCUAGUGGUAGGACCGCGGACUCAUGACCGAAGGUUUGUGUGUUCGCG